UGGCAUCAAAGAAUUUGUUUGUAUAGCUAGGAGAACACAGGGUUUGGGAUAGGGAAGUGUUGCAUAUAGUCUACCAUUGCGGCCGCGCGGCUCUUCAACCAAAACUCCAUCUUGGUCUAGUUUUCCAUCGGUCACGUGAAACAGGAUAAGUAAGAAGCAUAUCAAGAACCAGUAAGUAAGUUAGCGGGAUAGCUUAGUCACUGUAGGAAAGAAUUUGAACAGCAUUCUAAAAUGAGGGAAGUGAUCAACAUUCACAUCGGCCAGUGUGGGUGCCAGAUAGGAAACGCCUGCUGGGAGCUCUUCUGUCUGGAGCACGGGAUACAGCCGGAUGGCCUGAUUCCGUCAGACAAGACGAUAGGUGGUGGGGACGACUCGUUCAACACCUUCUUCUCGGAGACUGGGGCGGGAAAGCACGUCCCAAGGGCGCUCUUUUUGGACCUGGAGCCUACUGUCAUUGACGAGGUCAGAACCGGCACGUACAGACAGCUGUUUCACCCGGAGCAGUUGAUAUCAGGUGGGUCAUUUUAAGUUGACAUAAGACUGUCUCAACUAAUGACUUAGUUAAGCUGGAAAAAAUGUCAUUAGUUUAACAACUGAACUAUUCAUUGUGAAUAUUUUUUUAGUGCGUAAAAUAGAUCCGGCCUUAAAAAAUAUAUUUUAAUUUGAGGAUAACAAGUCUAAAUUAUUUUAGUUUUUUUUUUUAAAACUUAUCUACGAAUGGCAACACACUUGGACUCAACUGAUUAGAAUAAAUGGUAAUUAAAUCUUGGCAUUAAUUGCAUUUUUUUGAAAAUAUGUUAAUCCAAAACUUUGACCAAAUAUCCGAUUACAACUACGAAUACGACUAUGAGAGCGAAAACGAAUACAACUUCCGCAGCGAUAAUGUCAUUGAGCUGUUAAUUUAUGUAUGCAUGUAUUUAUUUAUCUUAAUAUAGUUAGCAGUCUAUUCAAAGAGAGGAAAAAAAGUUAUUUUAAAGUUAGAGAUUGUUGAGGUGCAAGGAAUUCUUUGUUUUGUUGUUGUGCACAGUGCUGAAAUUGUUCAGUCAUACAACGCAUAAGUUGUAGUUGAGGUACAGCCUGCUUACAGCCUAUGUGGUAGUUGAGGUACAACCUGCUUACGGCCUUUGUGGUGAUUCAAGGACAACCUGCUUACGGCCAUUGUGGUAGUUGAGGUACAACCUGCUUACGGCUUUUGUGGAAGUUAAGGUACAGUCUGCUUACGGCAUGUGGUGAUUAAAUGACAACCUGCUUACGGCCUAUGUGGUAGUUGAGGUACAUCCUGCUUACGGCCUAUGUGGUAGUUGAGGUACAACCUGCUUACGGCCUAUGUGGUAGUUGAGGUACAACCUGCUUAUGGCCUAUGUGGUAGUUAAGAUACAACCUGCUUACGGCCAUUGUGGUAGUUGAGGUACAAACUGAUUACGGCCUAUGUGAUAGUUAAGAUACAACCUGCUUACGGCCAUUGUGGUAGUUGAGGUACAAACUGAUUACGGCCUAUGUGAUAGUUAAGAUACAACCUGCUUACGGCCUAUGUGGUAGUUUAGGUACAACCUUCUAACAGCCUAUGUGGUAGUUGAGGUAAAACCUGCUUACGGCCUAUGUGGUAGUUGAGGUAAAACCUGCUUACGGCCUAUGUGGUAGUUGAGGUUCAACCUUCUAACAGCCUAUGUCGUAGUUGAGGUACAACCUGCUUAUGGCCUAUGAGGUAGUUGAGGUACAACCUUUACGGCCUAUGUGGUAGUUAAGAUACAACCUGCUUACGGCCUAUGUGGUAGUUGAGGUACAAUCUUCUACCAGCCCAUGUGGUAGUUGAGGUACAACCUGCUUACGGCUUAUGUAAAAGUUGAGGUACAAUCUGCCUACGGCCAUUGGGAAGAGUUUUAUUGAAAUAGUGGUUAUUUUUCUUUUCUCACUUAUAACUGAAAUUUCAAUUGUUAUUAGAAUUUUAUAUUAAGAUGCUAGAACGGGUUAUCAAAUACCACCAUUAUUUUCAAUUAAUCUAUGAUUUUAAAAAAUAUGUUCUGAAUUACAAACUUUAAAAAAUAUUUUGUUUAAUUUCUAAAAGAGUUCUAUUUUAGCACGACAAGUGACACAUUGUUAUAUCAAAUUCAUUUUAUUUUCUAGGAAAAGAAGACGCUGCCAACAACUAUGCCCGCGGCCACUACACUGUUGGCAAAGAGGUCGUCGACCUUGUCUUGGACAGAAUUCGAAAAAUGGCCGAUCAGUGCACCGGCCUCCAAGGGUUCUUUGCGUACCACAGCUUUGGCGGCGGCACCGGCUCGGGAUUCACGUCACUCCUCAUGGAGCGCCUCUCCAUCGACUACGGGAAAAAGACGAAACUCGAGUUCUGCGUCUACCCGGCCCCACAGAUCUGCACCGCUGUGGUAGAGCCGUACAACUCCCUGCUGGUCACCCACACGACUCUUGAACACUCUGACUGCGCCUUCCUGGUCGACAACGAGGCACUGUACGAUAUCUGCCGUCGCAACCUGGACAUCGAGCGUCCCACUUACACCAAUCUGAAUCGUCUGCUGGGACAGGCGGUUUCUUCUCUGACGGCCUCCCUUCGAUUCGACGGCGCCGUGAACGUCGAUCUUAUGGAGUUUCAGACAAACCUGGUGCCUUAUCCCAGAAUCCAUUUCCCCCUGCUUAUCUGCGCCCCAAUCGUGUCCGCGGAGAAAGCCUACCACGAGGCCAUCAGUGUUGCCGACAUCACCAACGCGUGCUUUGAGCCGGCCAACCAGAUGGUGAAAUGCGAUCCCCGUCAUGGAAAGUACAUGUCGUGCUGCCUGCUGUACCGUGGCGAUGUUGUGCCCAAGGACGUGAAUGCGGCAAUCGCCACCAUCAAGACAAAGCGGACCAUCCAGUUUGUGGAGUGGUGCCCCACCGGCUUUAAAGUGGGCAUCAACUACCAGCCCCCGACUGUUGUGCCCGGUGGUGAUCUAGCCAAAGUUCAGAGGUCGGUUUGCAUGAUGGCCAACACGACAGCGGUCGCAGAAGCCUGGGCCAGACUUGAUCAUAAGUUCGAUCUUCUGUAUGCCAAGCGAGCAUUUGUCCAUUGGUAAGUUGUAACCUAUUUCCCCAUUUUAGAAUGAGCUGAAGUUACAUUAAAACGGAGGAUUAAUUACAAUAAUAAUUAGGUUUAAUUUUGAAAUAAGAUCUGAAUCAAGUUAUUAUUUGCACUUUAUAAAAUUUAUAUUGAGCGUUUUUCUAUCAAUAUAUGAAAUCAUCUUUUUUCACAAAUAUGAUUUUAUAUUCAUUUUACCACUGAGAAACUUUUAAAAGAAAGAAAGAACGAGAAAUUUCAAAGUACAAUUGGUUAGAAAUUUAAUGGUAACCUCUUUCUUCUGCCACCCCUCUCUGUUUUGCCAUCUAGCCACUUAUUUUUUUCUGGACAAAUUUUUUCUCCAGGUAUGUAGGUGAGGGAAUGGAGGAAGGUGAAUUCACAGAGGCACGUGAGGAUCUUGCUGCCCUAGAGAAAGAUUAUGACGAAGUUGCUUUGGAUUCGGUGGCAGACGAAGCCGAGGAGGGUAUCGAAGAGUUCUAAUCACAUAAACAAGUCCUUGACGUCUUAAUGUUACUUACCAUUCAAAUCACGCCUCGAGGCAUUGACAUUUCUAGAUCAUAACGUUGUCAAUGUUAAAGGAUUAAGUUUCUUGAAGUCAAUACUUUCAGACCAUAAGUUAAUCUGUCUCGGAUGACCAGCCCCAAUCAGAAAUCAGGAGAACUUGUAAUUCUAUGACAUAUUCCACAAUCUUUGUUAAUCCACUAAGUGACGAAUCAAACUUGGAACUAUUUCAAGAUCGGUUCGGUCAUUUCCCUCAUUCUAUAAUGCAAAAACAAAACAUCGAAUUGUUCAAACGAAGUAGACACAACGACAUCAGGAAACGGCUCCAACCAAGUUUGGACCAAGCUGUAGAUUCCAUGACUAGCUCAUAGAGAGUGAUGUAUUUAUGUGACUUGCAACUAAUAAAAUUGUAACAGUAAAUAAUGUUUAAACAAAUUAUAACGGUACAUGCUCGCCAUUUGUAGGCAGGGCUAAUUGUGUGUAUCUAUUCCAUCAAAUAAAACGUGUACAAGAUUA